CAUUUUCCUCGAAAGCCAAACCAACAACAUCAUCACGACGGGUUGCUGUUCAUUCGGAGUGGAUAGAGAACAUCCUACGACACAAGGUGAAGUGAAGAAAGAUAGGAUACACGGUGUGGACGUACUGGAAGGACGAGGGCUCUGGAGUUGACAAAGAACCAUGGCGUACAGGAACAAACUGACGACGGCUCCGGCGCUGGUAAAUGAAGUGAUCGCUACGACAAACACCAAAAGAAAUGGAUCCAUCUUCACUCUCCAAGAGCAGAUGGAGUCGACAAGUAACUGGCUUGAUGAAGCAAUUACGUCAGCGAAACGAAAAGUUGUCGAAGGCACAGGCGUAUCGAUUCAAGAGGCUAAUGCAAAGAAAGCCAAGACGAUUGGAUUCAAAAAGGAGAAUGGGGCCCCACUCUCUCCAAUCCCCGACAAGGAAAACUCGCCAAACCAAGACGCUGCGAUACGUGUGCCCACUAAGCCUCCACCUUCCGCUGUCAAGCGAAGAGUCAACGGAUUGAGAGUAGUAGAUCUACGAAAGGAACUCAAGUCAAAAGGAAGAGAAACCAAGGGGCUGAAGAAAGACUUGCAACAACGUCUUCUGGAGGCAUACUCCAGUGUCGAGAACAUGGUGAGCCCAUCCAAAGCGAAACAACCAAACGACAGCAAUCAUGUUGACACUGAAACAACCACCCAAUCCGCAGUCAAGAAGAAAGAUCCUCCAGCGUCUCAGGCGGAUGAUGGGUUUCCGGACUCUGACUCUGUAGAAGUUGUCGUGUUCGAACCAUCGUUUGAUGCUCGGGAGCAACAUCCAACGAAGCAUGACCAGGAGAAGAAGGCUGUUGCCUCAAAGCAGAAAGCAACCAAGACGACAUUUCAAGAUAUAGAUACGAAGGUAAAUGAAGCCACCAAGCCAACCGUACCGGAUGAACGCGAAACAGAGCAACAGGUCGAGAACUCUGAUGUUAUGGUGGUUGAGCCCACUAAAGAGGACUCGUCCAUGGAUAGUUCCCGAAAGUCGAUGAUGGACUGCUCGAGUUCCUCCUCGUCUCCGCCUGUUAAGUCAAAAUCAAUCACUGAUAGCUCAUCUCUCUCAAAAGCUACAACCACAGUGCCUUACGCCAAGGAGCAAGCGGUCGCCCACGCUUCCUCGAGCGAAACUGGGAUCCUCAAGACUGCGCCAAAAAUUAAGCCGUCGAACAACCAUUCCAAAGAUACCUUGUCCUCAGAGCCAAAGAAUACAUUCCAGGACAACGAACAGGAGGCGGCAAAUCUGAAACGCAGCGUUGCAUCCAUGUCCAGUCGAAAGUUGAGCCAAGAGACAUCCAUGAAAUCAAGUCUAGAUUCAGAUCGAAGCAAUAUGUCAGUUGAGCGAGAUGCAGAACGAAAUGUAACAGCGGAUACGAAACUUCAUGGUGCCGAUUGCAAGUCAGACAUGAACGGAGAUCAGAAGCAGGAUGAAGAUUCCAAAACGCAAGAGAAAUCGCCAAUGAAAAGACGCGUACAGGCAGCCAUUCAGAUGCUCACUGCCAAGUCGACGCCAGCAAAGCCAAAGCCGACAACAACCCCUGGAAAGCUCCCUUGGUUGCAAAACAAAACACUGCAUCCAGUAACUGACAGCAAGGCUACAGCACCGCCAACACAGAAACAGAAGGAGGUUUUCCAACCAAUGAGUCAAGCAAAACCAAAGACUUCGAGCAAGCCAAUCACCGCCAACUCACUUCGUCGCCCUGGUAUGGGAUUGGCCUCCGCUGUUGGUAGCACAAGCACCAGCGCAACUAAGCCUAGUCGACUUGCAGCAGGUGCAUCGAGCUCUGAGGCGAGAAAGGCUCGAAUCGCAGAAAUGCGGGAAAAGUCGAACAAGGUUGCGCAGCCCUCAGCAUAUGCAGCAAAGGCAUAUGUGAGCACAUUGCCGUCGAUCAAAUCCCAAACAACUGGUGGAGAAGCAGAUGACAAAGAAACCAAACGAAAACUUCUGACUGCUCAAAUGCGCGCCAAGGCAGCUCGUAAUCUCGGAGCGUCUGCCACAUCCGGGCUCCAACCAAUCAAUGAAUCUAGCUCGCAAUCUGUGGGAAACCAGACGAAAACCAGCACAGAGAACAAGCCCUUGAAAGAGACGAGUAGCCAGGUGAGUGGCUCGGUUGUCACAACAUUCGCAGCAAAGGUCAAGGCAUCGAAUGAUGAGCCCAAGCAAAGCAACGGAGUUGGCAAGCAGGUGGAAGAGAACGACACUGAAGCUGACAAUAGUGCAAAGGCAUCUGCUGCUAAGACCGGUAGUGUUUCGACGGUACCGGUACCGAUGAAGGUGACACAUUCACAGCAAACCGAUAUACAAGAAACCCAAGAUGCGAAAACCCCUGGUGCUUCGUCGAAGGCAAACGAGACUGCCGAGUUGCACUCGCAAGCGCUCUCCCCCUUGGAUACAUACGAGAUCUCAGAUCGGGAGGACAGUGAGAGCGAUGAGGAGAGCGAGAGCGAAGACGAGUCACGGGAGCCACGAAAGAAGGUCCCUGACUGGGCACAGAAAGCCAACCUGCUUCCAGCUCUCGAAAGACAGUUCGCGUCGGGAGAUGAACGCAUCGACCCUGAUGAGAUCUUUCCAGAAGUCAAGACUUGCGACUUGCAAGCGAUUUUCAACAAUAAGAGGUCCCGAUACGUGAAGCGAACAAGUUCGGGCAACUGGUCAAGAGACAGAGUCACUGCGGCUGAGAAACUUACUUACAAGCGAACGAUGGGUUACGCAAAGAGCUGAGAAACUCUCCAUAUCGCUUGCACACGGGGAAACUCCAAUCCAGACUAACUAAACACCUGAGCAUAGUUGCUCAACUACUAAACUAAAAUGUAGGUAAUGGGCUCUUUGCAUGUACCAAUAAUUGGUCGCUGUACUGUACCGGU